AUGAUUGCUUUUGAUAGUGUUCCUCCAUGGUAUUCGGAAAGCAUUGGGAUAUCAAAAUACUGUGUCAAUAGUAGAGAAAAUUUACAACCUAACCUUUGGGCGUUAUGGGGCAGUGGGGUUAGUGCAGUUGUGAUGUUUAUUUCGGAUCAAUGCAUUGCUUUAGAAAUAUCCUCUAAUCAGUCCAUUGUUUAUAUUGCUGCCAUUUAUGCAAGCACUUCUUAUUUAAAGCGUCGUCAGUUAUGGGCAGACUUAACUAAUUUGCACGGGUGCUUUAAAGGUCCUUGGUUAUUUAUUGGUGAUUUUAACGCCGUGUUGGGUGCUCAUGAGAAGCGUGGCCGUCGGCCUCCUCCUCCUUUAUCUUGUACUGAUUUUUUGACUUGGUCGAAUGCAAAUCUUUUACAUCACCUUCCUACUUUGGGUGCUUUCUUCACUUGGUCAAAUGGUAGGCUUGGCUCGGAUAAUGUUGCUCUUCGUCUUGAUAGGGAAAUUUGUAAUGAAGAUUGGCUCAACUGUUGGCGUAGUUCUACUUGUUUUGCUUUAGUGCGCCACCAGUCGGAUCACCACCCUUUGCCCAUGCAGGGAGGAAUGGCUCGGUUGCAACUUAAGCUCAAACACAUGAAACAAGUGUUUAGGCAUUGGAAUCGUACAGUUUUUGGUGACGUUGGCAGGAAAGUUCGUUUGGCGGUGGAUGAGGUAAAUCGCAUUCAACAAAUUCUAGAUACUGAAGGAUUUUCUGAUCCUCUUUAUGCUCAAGAGCUUGAGGCGCAGCUUAUUCUUACCAAGGCAUUAAAUUUUCAAGAUGAGAUGUGGAGGGAGAAAGCAAGAGACCAAAAAUUUAUUCAUGGGAUAGAAAUACGGCCUACUUUCAUCGAUUAG